AUGUCCUUCGCGGACGAGUUCACGUUUGACUCGAAGCCGUGGUCCUCGUCCGAGAUCAAGGACAAGGCCGGCCUCGAGGCGCUGGCCAAGAAGCUGAACCCGACGGUGGGCCUCUGGGACCCGCUCGGCAUCGCGGAGACGUCGCCCGAGACGAUCGGCUGGUUCCGCCACGCCGAGAUCAAGCACGGCCGCGUCGCCAUGGCCGCCUUCGUCGGCUACUGCGUUCAGUCCAACGGCAUCCACUUCCCGUGGAACAUCCAGGGCUGGCAGGGCACGCCGGUCGUCAGCUUCGCUGACAUUGCCGCGGCGGGCGGCCCUGCGGACCAGUGGGAUGCGCUCUCGACGCCGGCCAAGCUGCAGAUCCUUGGCGUGAUCGGCUUCCUCGAGAUGUGGAGCGAGACGAGCGUCGUGCUCAAGGCGGACGGCCAGGAGCACUACGUGCGCGGCGGCAAGCCCGGCUACUUCCCCAAGCUGUCGCGCUCGGACGAGAUGGCGUUCCCCCACCCGGUGCCGCUCAACCUGUGGGACCCCUUCGGGUUCACGUCCAAGAUGACGCCGGAGCGCAAGGAGAAGGCGCUCCUCGCGGAGGUCAACAACGGCCGCCUCGCCAUGAUCGGCAUCUUCGGCAUGAUCUCCGCCUCCAAGGGCCUGCAGGUGCCCGGCCUCGACACGGUUGGCAUCAAGCCGUAUGCGGGCGAGGUGAUGGCGCCCUUCGCGGCGGGCGACGCCUCGCUGCCCUUCGUCUCGGGCAUGCUCGAGAAGAUUGGCACGUACGGCUACUAG